UUUCAGGCUGGCGCCUGUCUCGGCCCCCGCGCCAGUUUCGGGCUGGUUGGCGCGGAAUCGGGAGACUCCGGGACCAUGGCGCCGGUCCACGGCGAUGACUGCGACCUGGGGGCGAGCGCUAUGUCAGAUUCAGGGAGUCUUGCAGCUUCGAGAUCCCGGCGAGAGAAGAAAUCCAAGAAAGGGCGACAGGAAGCUCUAGAAAGACUGAAAAGGGCUAAAGCUGGUGAGAAGUAUAAAUAUGAAGUAGAGGACUUCACAAGCGUUUAUGAAGAAGUUGAUGAGGACCAGUAUUCGAAGCUGGUUCAGGCCCGCCAGGAUGAUGACUGGAUUGUGGAUGACGAUGGUAUUGGCUAUGUGGAGGAUGGCCGAGAGAUUUUUGAUGAUGACCUUGAAGAUGAUGCCCUUGAUUCCCAAGAGAAAGGAAAAGAUGACAAAGCACGAAACAAAGACAAGAGGAACGUUAAGAAGACUGUGGUGACAAAACCAAAUAAUAUCAAGUCAAUGUUCAUUGCCAGUGCUGGGAGGAAAACUGCAGAUAAAGCUAUUGACUUGUCCAAGGAUGAUCUGCUAGGUGACAUUCUACAGGAUCUGAACACUGAGACACCUCAAAUAACUCCGCCACCUGUAAUAAUACCGAAGAAGAAAAGAUCCAGUGGAGCUUCACUGAAUCCUUUCUCUGUGCACACCCCUAAGGCAGUUCCUUCAGGAAAAACCGUUUCCCCAGUCUCAAGGAAGGAGCCUUCGUUAACUCCUGUUCCCCUUAAAUGUGCUGGAUUUGCUGGCGCGCCAGGGCCGGCCUUGCGGACAGAUGACAAGGAGGAGUCAGGGCCAAUGGACUUUGAAGAUGGUGACUUCGAUGAGCCCAUGGAAGCCGAGGAGGUGCAUGUGGAGCCCGUGGCUGCCAAGACUUGGGACCAAGAGAGGGAGCCAGCAGAGGAGGAGAAACAAGAGGCAGAUCCUGGGAAAGGGACCACGUCCAAUUUAGGAAGUUAUCUCCCGGAUGUCUCUUGUUGGGACAUUGACCAGGAAGAUGACAGCAGUUUCUUAGCCCCGGAAGUUCAAGUGGAUUCCAGUCACCUCCCACUGGUGAAAGGGGCAGACGGGGAACAAGUAUUUCAGUUUUAUUGGCUGGAUGCUUAUGAAGAUCAGUACAGCCAACCAGGUGUGGUAUUUCUGUUUGGCAAAGUUUGGAUUGAAUUUGCCGAAACCCAUGUGAGCUGUUGUGUCAUGGUGAAAAACAUUGAGCGAACGCUGUACUUCCUUCCCCGUGAAACGAAAAUUGAUCUAAACACGGGGAAAGAAAAAGGAACUCCAGUUACAAUGAAGGAUGUUUAUGAUGAAUUUGAUGAGAAAAUAGCAGCAAAGUAUAAAAUUAUGAAAUUCAAGUCCAAGCCAGUGGAAAAGAACUAUGCUUUUGAGAUACCCGAUGUUCCAGAAAAAUCUGAGUAUUUGGAAGUUAGAUACUCGGCUGAAAUGCCACAGCUUCCUCAGGAUUUGAAAGGAGAAACUUUUUCUCAUGUAUUUGGGACCAAUACAUCCAGCUUAGAACUGUUCUUGAUGAACAGGAAGAUCAAAGGACCUUGCUGGCUUGAAGUAAAAAAUCCACAGCUCUUGAAUCAGCCAAUCAGUUGGUGUAAAUUUGAGGCAAUGGCCUUGAAACCGGACUUGGUAAAUGUAGUUAAGGAUGUUGGACCUCCUCCACUCGUGGUCAUGUCUUUAAGCAUGAAGACAAUGCAGAAUGCAAAGACACAUGAAAAUGAGAUUAUUGCUGUGGCAGCAUUGGUCCAUCACAGCUUUGCAUUAGAUAAAGCACCCCCGCAGCCUCCCUUUCAGUCACACUUCUGUGUUGUGUCUAAACCAAAGGAUUGUAUUUUUCCAUAUGAUUUCAAAGAAAACAUUAAGGAAAAGAAUGUAAAGGUGGAGGUUGCUGCAACAGAAAGAACACUGCUAGGUUUUUUCCUUGCAAAAGUUCACAAAAUUGAUCCUGAUAUCAUUGUGGGUCAUAAUAUUUAUGGGUUUGAACUGGAAGUGCUGCUGCAGAGAAUUAAUGUGUGUAAAGUUCCUUACUGGUCCAAGAUAGGUCGGCUGAAGCGAUCCAACAUGCCAAAACUCGGGGGCAGGAGUGGAUUUGGUGAAAGAAAUGCUACCUGUGGCCGAAUGAUCUGUGAUGUGGAAAUUUCGGCAAAGGAAUUGAUUCGUUGUAAAAGCUACCAUUUGUCUGAACUUGUUCAACACAUUCUGAAAACUGAAAGGGUUGUAAUCCCAAUGGAAAAUGUACGAAAUAUGUACAGUGAAUCUUCUCAUCUCUUGUACCUGUUGGAACAUACCUGGAAAGAUGCCAAGUUCAUUUUGCAAAUCAUGUGUGAGCUAAAUGUUCUUCCAUUAGCAUUGCAGAUCACUAACAUCGCUGGGAACAUUAUGUCUAGGACACUGAUGGGUGGACGAUCUGAGCGUAAUGAAUUCUUGUUGCUUCAUGCAUUUUAUGAAAACAACUAUAUUGUGCCUGACAAGCAGAUUUUCAGAAAACCUCAGCAAAAACUGGGAGAUGAAGAUGAAGACAUCGAUGGAGAUGCCAGUAAAUACAAAAAAGGACGUAAGAAAGCAGCUUAUUCUGGAGGCUUGGUAUUGGACCCCAAAGUUGGUUUUUAUGAUAAGUUCAUUUUGCUUCUGGACUUCAACAGUUUAUAUCCUUCCAUCAUUCAGGAAUUCAACAUUUGUUUUACAACAGUGCAAAGAGUUGCUUCAGAGGCAGAGAAAGUUACAGAGGAUGGAGAACAAGAACAGAUCCCCGAGCUGCCAGAUCCAGGCUUAGAAAUGGGCAUUUUGCCCCGAGAGAUCCGGAAACUGGUAGAGCGGAGGAGACAAGUGAAACAGCUCAUGAAACAGCCAGAUUUAAAUCCAGACCUUGUUCUUCAGUAUGACAUUCGACAGAAGGCUUUGAAGCUCACGGCAAACAGUAUGUAUGGCUGCCUGGGAUUUUCCUACAGCAGAUUUUACGCCAAACCACUGGCUGCUUUGGUGACAUACAAAGGAAGAGAGAUUUUGAUGCAUACAAAAGAGAUGGUGCAGAAGAUGAAUCUUGAGGUUAUUUAUGGAGAUACAGAUUCAAUUAUGAUAAACACCAAUAGCAACAAUCUGGAAGAAGUGUUUAAAUUGGGAAACAAGGUAAAAAGUGAAGUGAAUAAGUUGUACAAGCUGCUUGAAAUAGACAUUGAUGGUAUUUUCAAGUCUCUGCUUCUGCUGAAGAAAAAGAAGUAUGCUGCUCUGGUUGUUGAGCCAACAUCGGAUGGGAAUUACAUCACCAAACAGGAGGUGAAAGGAUUAGAUAUAAUUAGAAGAGAUUGGUGUGAUCUUGCUAAAGACACUGGAAACUUUGUCAUUGGUCAGAUUCUUUCGGACCAAAGCCGGGACACUAUAGUGGAAAACAUUCAGAAGAGGUUAAUAGAAAUUGGAGAAAAUGUGCUAAAUGGCAGUGUCCCCGUGAGCCAGUUUGAAAUUAACAAGGCAUUGACCAAGGAUCCCCAGGAUUACCCUGAUAAAAAAAGCCUACCUCAUGUGCAUGUUGCCCUCUGGAUAAAUUCUCAAGGAGGCAGGAAGGUGAAAGCUGGAGAUACUGUGUCAUAUAUCAUCUGUCAGGAUGGGUCAAACCUCACUGCCAGUCAGAGGGCCUAUGCACCUGAGCAGCUGCAGAAGCAAGACAGUUUAACCAUCGACACCCAGUACUACCUGGCCCAGCAGAUCCACCCAGUCGUCGCUCGGAUCUGUGAGCCAAUAGAUGGAAUUGAUGCUGUUCUCAUUGCCACGUGGUUAGGACUUGACCCCACCCAGUUUAGAGUUCAUCAUUAUCAUAAAGAUGAAGAGAAUGAUGCUCUGCUUGGUGGCCCAGCACAGCUCACGGAUGAAGAGAAAUACAGGGACUGUGAAAGGUUCAAAUGUCCAUGCCCUACGUGUGGGACUGAGAAUAUUUAUGAUAGUGUCUUCGAUGGUUCGGGAACCGAUAUGGAGCCCAGCUUAUAUCGUUGCAGUAACAUCAGUUGUAAGGCUUCACCUCUGACCUUUAUGGUACAGCUGAGCAACAAAUUGAUCAUGGACAUCAGACGUUGCAUUAAAAAAUACUACGAAGGCUGGCUGAUUUGUGAGGAGCCCACAUGUCGAAAUCGAACUCGGCACCUUCCCCUUCAGUUUUCCCGAAAUGGACCUCUUUGCCAAGUCUGCAUGAAAGCUACACUCCGGCCAGAGUAUUCUGACAAGUCCCUGUACACCCAGCUGUGCUUUUACCGGUACAUUUUUGAUGUGGACUCUGCACUGGAGAAACUUAUUACCGAUCAUGAGAAAGAUAAAUUGAAGAAGCACUUUCUUACUCCCAAAGUUCUACAGGACUAUAGAAAACUCAAGAGCACAGCAGAGCAGUUCUUGUCCCAAAGUGGCUACUCGGAAGUGAACCUCAGCAAACUCUUCACCUACUGCGCCGUGCGGUCCUGAGGAAUCGCCGGAAGUGGGUGCGGUGGGGGCUCUGGAAGGAAGAACCGCAUCCUCGCAUCCUCGGUGCCUGCGCCAUGGCCCUGGCUGCCUCUCCUGCAUUGCUUUUCCUUUGGGACUCCAUACCAUGUUUGUGUGGAUGCGGCUCGGGUGGGAGAUUAUUAAGCGGGCCUGCAAAAAUAUUUAAUCUACUGAGUAUCAAAGAACAGCAAAACCACCUUCCUCUUAUGUAUACCUCAUGCUGUUGCUACACCAAGCCUAAGAGCUGGCUGCUUGACGGAGUGGCCUGGAUGCAAGUGGCCCCAGGCUUUGCCCCAGGACCUUAAGCAGAGGCGCCCCUAGAAAGAGGGCUUCAUAGAGCUUGGUAGGAGGGCCGACACUUUGCCUUUUCACAUGCCAGUUAAACCCAGUCUGAACCCAACUGCUGCCUGGCCGCUGGCCCCAGGAGUGGCUGUCCUUUUCAGUCUUUCUUUAAUAUAAGUAGCUGGGGGGGGGGGGGGAGAUUUAGAAGGCUUGCACUUACUAAAUAGAUUAAACAGAGCUUACUUGUAUAUUGAAUUGCUCCAAAGCCCAACCUGCACGCGCACAUGCAGAAUGGGCAGCUGUUCUACACCCACCUUCCUUUUUUAUUUCCUCAAGUAGAACAUUUAGGUAAAGGUUUAUACAAAAGGAAAGCACAUUUUAAAUAAUUUGAUAGAUCUUAUUUCAUUAAAAAUGUAUAGGGGUUGGGGUGAGGAUGAUUGUGUUAUAUUCAGAAAAACUGGGGCAGGUGACUGGUUAAUGAGCCCUGGUGCUGUUUUUCUCAUUUCUUUAGAACGGUGUGUUUUUGCCAGAAGCCAGACGUAUUGCAAUAUUUCUUACGUUCUUGGUAAGAUUAUAGUAACAAAGCAUAUUUUCCCUUGUACAACUAUGCUAUAUUUUUUUUAAAUCUACCUAUGCUUUUUCAUGAAAGAAACAUAUGCUGUGCUUUUUUUUUUUUUUUUUCACUUCAGAAUAAAGUUUUCUAAAGGGAAACUAGUUGCAGCGACUCCUUAUCAGGUGCCAAGAGUGACUAGAGGGGGCAGCCAGGAGUAAGGGGUGACUGGAGGCUGUUCCCUUCCCAAACCUCAGCCUCCUUAGAUCUCCGCUCAGAAAUGCUCCGCGUGGGAGUUCCCUUGUGGUGCAGUGGGCUAAGGAUCAGGCGUGACGACAGUGGCUCGAGUCGCUGCUGUGGGACCAGUUCAGUUCCUGACCUGGGAACGCCCACAUGCCGAGGACGCAGGGAAGAAAGAAAAAGAAAAAAAAAAAAAAAAAAAAAGCUCAGCAUGAUGUAUGUCCCAGUGUUCUGAGUGGCAUUUUCAUGGACUUUGGGUCCUUUAAGAGAUGCAGUAUGACUUCUCGUGUGCUUUGCCGACUUGGACAGCCAGAGAGAGCUCAGCCAAGAGCCCAGUGCUGUCUCCUUUUGGAGAGCAAGGCUGAUGGCUCCUGGGAGAAAUGCCUCCACAAGAGAACGGUCAUCUGACUUGGACCCGAGUGAAAGCACACUUGUUAAGCGGCAGAGGUGACACCGCCCUUUAUCUUGCUUCACCUUCCCCAUUCUCUCCAACCCUCUCCUCCUUUCUCCUCUCUCUUACACUUGCAGUUUAAGGCCCUGUCAGUGAAUUAACUCUUGGUUCCUCGGGCUCUGGGACCCGUCAGAAGUUGUAGCAGCCACGCUGCUCUAUGAAACUAAGGAUUAGUGUGGCUUUUCCUUGCUGUUACCGUGUAGAUUACAGGGAUGGUUCUAUGAUGGAUGUGUGCUUCCUGAGCCCACACCCCUGCUUUGCUCUCUGAAGAGAAGGCAUGUUCUCCUUGAUUUCUGGAACCUGGGGUUAUGGUAAAUACAAGGAGAGGGUUAUCUUGAGCUUGCUCAUCAAGAAACUCCAGGAAACACAACACAGAUGGCUUCUCAUUGGUCUGUUUCUUGUCUCUGCAUCUAGAUUGUAAUGACUGUGAGGGCAGGAACCAUUUCUGUAGAAACUCCACAGAAAGUCAGACAUGUCUUCGUACAGUUCUCGAAGAGAGCUAGCAUGAUGGUUGAUGUUUUAUUUAGAUCAGCAACUCCAGGUAGGUUAAGAGAGUUUUCUGGGAGGCACCUAAGGAUUCCAGGAUCUUAUAGAGAGUUGCAACUGCAACUGUGAUCAAGAAUGCCAGUGGAGGAGUUCCCGUCUGUAGCGCAGCAGAAAUGAAUCCAACUAGGAACCAUGAGGUUUCGGGUUUGUUCCCUGGCCUCACUCAGUGGGUUAAGAAUCCGGUGUUGCUGUGGUGUAGGCGGGCAGCUGUAGCUCUGAUUCGACCCCUAACCUGGGAACCUCCGUAUGCUGCAAGUGCAGCCCUAAAAAGCAAAAAAGAAUGCCAGUGGAGGAGUUCCAUCAUGGCUCAGCAGGUUAAGAACCUGACAUAGCGUCUGUGUAGACACGGGUUACAUCCCUGGCCUUGCUCAGUGGGUUAAGGGGUUGGUGUUGCCAUGAGCUGUGGUGUAGGUCACAGAUGUAGCUCAGAUCCUGCAUUGCUAUGGCUGUGGCUGUGACCAGCAGCCGCAGCUCUGAUUCGACCCCUAGCCUGGGAACUUCCGUAUGCUGCAGGAGUGGACC